CACACUGCUUUUYGGCGGACAACGACCUCACUCGUUAAUCUGUACGGUAUGGUGACAUAUCGUACGUAUGGUACUAAAGAGUUGCCAACUCUCACUAUGUCACAUUGCAAUGAGAACCGCGGUUCUUUUUCGUUUUCGCACGGAGAAAAACGAUAUCUUCUUUGACCCCUACUUUCACGUAAGGAAGAGAGUAGAAUGCCAUUUUACGUAUUGCCGUGACCGAAAGUCAAAGAAGGCAACGCGGUCACGAGUACCGCCGCAGCACCUGUGUGAUAUCGCACCAAUUGCUGCUUAGCACAAAAAUCCAAUCGACAGAAGACCGGACCAACAACAGCAGCAACAACAAAAUCUCACAGCGACGUCAACAGCAUGAACGGGACSAAGGACAAUACCAAGAAUGAUGAUGCCCCUCCGAAACCAAGCAAUCGGCGAUAHAGCCAGCGUGUUUCCGGUCGGAGAAAACUCAACGACAUUGUGCUGAGGGAUGGUCGCCACAUGAGAUACAUUGUGGACGGUCCUUUUCAGCUGGAAAACGAUCCCACCAAAAUCUCCUCGUCUGGGCUCCCAGUGGUCUUCGCCUUCCACGGUAUGUUCAUGAGCGGAGAAUCGGUAGUCCGGAGAAGGCGACCCCCCUCGAACGAYGACUACGACUACGUGGUGGUGGCCGUCAACCGGAUGGGAUACCACAGGUCCUCUUCGGUCAGCCUGACACCCGAUCGGUUCACGUACACCGAGUUCGCCAACGACAUCCGGGAACUCGCCGACGAUCUCUCCAUCGACCGGUUCGUCGUCGCGGGCCACUCGAGCGGGGGGCCCAACGCCCUGGCCUGCGCCGCCGUGCUGGGCCCCGACCGUGUAAAGGCCCUCGCCACCCUCGGAAGCGACCCGGAAUACGCCCACUACGACGACAMCMAGUACGAGUGCAUGAUCGAUUGCUGCAUCGGCGUGUGGCUCCCGCGAUGCCUGGCCGUGUUCGUUCCCUGUCUGAGGGUCGCCAACGGAAUGCGCCACGACUACAUCGUCGAGCGUGAGCCCUAUUCCUUUGCCACCGAAUCCAUCGUCCAGCCGGCGCUGGUGCUGGCCGGGGAAGAGGACAACCUYGUUCCUCCCGCCCUGACCAAGCGCAUCCACGAUCGGUUGCCGAGUUCCGAGUUCGUGGUCGUUCCGGGGGCCACACACGAGGAUCUGAUUUCCACGGAGAACCUGGACGAGACCUACCGAAGAAUUCUCGCCCUGGGUGGCUUGCUAGCGACCCAGGAGGGGAAGGAAACCACAGAAAAGCGCRAACCGACCAGCGACAAACCAGAGGAUGCCCCCCCGUCGACGGUUGCGGYGGAAGAGAAAGCGACUCCAGCCACGGAAGUUUGCGACUCGGCAGAAUGCUGAGCUGUGCAACWAUUUCCCCGAGAUUUGUACCGCACCUAUUCUUGUUUAACCCGGGGACUGCACUAGGCAGCACACCUUCUUUUUUGCAACAUGGUUUCAUGUCUCUCCCAGCCUAAAAAAAGUAGAGGUAUUAUUUUUUGCUUYUGGUGUUCAAGAAAGAAUGAUAUCUAAAAUUAUAAUCGUAUCCACAGUAAAUUGCGGGGAAUACA